UAAAACCUUGUUAGUGCUCUUGUUGCUAUAGUGAAACAUUGUAAACUCUCUAUAAGUCACAUUUUAGUUCAAUCUUAAUGAAACAUGCUGAGAAUGUUCCUAUAAUAUAUUGAUUUAGUUUAAAAAUGGUUCCAGUGCUCUGAAGAGCAUGGUUUCCAGGGGCGAGCAAAUAUCUUCUUGUGAACCUUAUGAUGAUAUUUAUGUUUCAUUGAGUACUUUUAUUAUUUUGAACUCCACCUUCCAAGAAUAGUUUAGUUCAUUCGGGUCUUAGGUGAGCGCCUUAGGGCCAUGACCCUCUUUUUUAUUCUAUAAUGUUAAUACCUAGUGCCUGUGCUAUGUCUACUCCUGCUGGUGCAAUGUGUGAUAACGUGUUGUGCGGCUGGUUUCAGUCGGUCUCCCUCGCCAACGCCCACCUCCCCUGGUCCCUCAUCCCCGGGCCUUGGCUUCUCUAUAUCCAUGAACGAGAUGAUGUCCCCUGAGACGGACAGCUACCGCAGUCAGACGGGCUCCCACGACAGCUCGGGACAGGGAUUCUACAUGCUACGCAAGGACUCCGAGAGGAGACUCACGCUUGUCCAACUUCUCACACGCAAUGAAGAUGUCACCAGGGUGAUAGAAACAUGGAUGAUUUUUAUUCAUCGAGAUGCAACUAUCUCUAAUCCCAAACUGACACGAGAACAUCUGAUGAUUCUGCUCAAAGCUUUACGUGAAUAUGUGCAAGAGCAGGACACUUCCUACAUCAAGGACGCCCUAGACAAAGUGAAGGAGAUGCUGGAGUAUGACCACACAGCGCUGAUAGAACUGCAGCUGGCCCUGUAUGUGUUCCAGGAGGCAGUGAGCUUUAACCUGAAGAACCGUGACAUACAGCCUCACUGGAUGUUUGCCCUAGACAACCUGCUGAGGAGUGCCACCCAGGCAGCCAUCACAGUCCUCUCUCCAGAGCUGGGAGCCAACCUGGCAGGUGAUGGUCAGAUAGAGGGGGACGCUGCCACGUCUGGGGUACCCUCCACCAACUCGGGCAAGUCAGCUACUGGGGAAUUCCGCAAGUCUGUCAACGCAGAGAUACGAAAACAACUGGAAUCAUAUGAGGAUGAAAAUCUGAUAUUGCUGCAGCAGCUGCUAGAUGUAGAGAGGUCAUACAAUGAGCUGCUCAAGAAAACCAUUGCAGACAAGAAACUGCAGAUAGAAGUCAUACAGCAGUUAUCCAGUGCGAGUUGGCCUAUAGCCCCGACCAGUCCCCCGUUUUCCAGUAGCAGUAUGGGCCUGGGUCCCUCUGUCGUGAUCAACGAGCCACCAGAUGAGGCCCUUGUCAACUGGCUCAGACAGUGUGCCAUAGACACACACGCCAUUGAGAAGAUUGUCAGUGAGCAGUACACAUUGGAGGACCUGAAGGAGCUGGUUACGUAUGAGCAGCUCAUCAGCCUCAACAUCAGGGGGGGUAUGGUAUGUCGUGUGUGGAGGGCGAUACAGACUCACCGUGCCAGGCGGCAGUCCAAGGGUAAGAGAUAGCCACAGCCCCAUUCAGCACCACACACCGUUGGGAGCCUCUCACAUCUCAUGUGCAGUGUCAGAUCUCUAGUGUCGAAACUGUCAGCACUGACACCCCAGCCGUAUGCUGCUGCCUUCCUAAAAGGACGUGGGGAUAGCAGGUCAAUGCUCAACCCUGGCCUAUCUACAGACUGCUUGCUUCUUGCAAACUACACAUCACAAAUGCAAUUCUUCAUUUCCAUGAUACAAGUACUCAAUCCAUUAAUGAAAUGGUAUAUUGAAGCCAGUGUCACUGAAUUAGGCAGUAAAUGUAUAUGUGGUGUGUUUGGACCUGUUAUUGCAUGUAACAAGGAGAUCUGAAAUACUGCGAACUCUUCAAAACGUGAACCUCACUUGAAGGAUUGUAACAGACUCUGCUGUGAUAUGCAACAUUACCUGAGUGUACCCAUUAUACAGAUAUGUUCGAGAACCAUGCAGACUGCUCUGGUGUGGUCAUUGCUUACCAUGCUGGAAGGACAGCAUCAACUGUGUGUCCUAGAUAAGGGCUCUGUUGGUUUUAGUACAUCCACGCAUGGAAAAAUCCAAUAACAUUGUGAAAUAAAAACAGUUAUGCCAUAAUAGUGGGCGUGUUGGCUUUUUCAAGAAAGUGGUAAUACAGCUACAUGUAUAGUACAGGGUGAAGAUAAGAUACAAGAUUAUAGUCAUGGUUAUGCCUCACUUUAUCCUAUCAUUGUCUUUAUAGUUUUGACACAAAUUUUGCAUUCCAAAUGACCAGGCUGGAGUUUGGUCAUGUCUUCAUGUCUUGUGAAAAGUUUAAUUGAUGAGUAUGUUGUGUUUUAGUUCUGUUUUAAUAUCAGGUCUCAAAUGCCUUUACUGUGGAUAUAUUUAUUAAUACAUUUUGCCUUCAGUGUGUUGAAAAAGACAAUUGCAAACCCCUUAAUAUUUGAUAAGUGUGUACUGCUUACCUCCAGUGGUUGCUCUACUUAGCCACGUUGCGGACUACGAUGGGAAGUGUGUGGUUGUGGUUUUUGAUCAGUUUACUUUAUCUGGUCAUCUAAUAUUUAUGACAGUAUGACUUUUUUAUCGGAGAUACUGUGAUGCUAUUUAAAGGUUAUUGAAUUAAUAAUUUAGUUAUGAACUCUUCCAAAAAUAAGCCAUGGAAACAAAUGUUUUUAUUUUUAUUAAAAACAGAACAUAUAUGGAAGGCAGAUUAUUGUGUGUUUCCACCAUUCUUGCAUGUUAUCACUGUUCUUGGUGUUUGUGAAACAGCAUAGCCCAGUCUGCAAUUCUCACAAGACAGUCUGUACAUGCCUAGUAUGUGCAUGCACAUGUUCUUGCAAGAUUGUCUGUACAGCCCCAGUUUUAUUUCAUCAUUUUGCCUAUGUAAUUCCUAUUGAUCACUGUUAUUGUUCAUUGUACUUCUGUGUAUCAAAUAAUGAGAAAGUGUACAAUUCUGAUAAUAUAUCGACUGUACAUGUACCUAACAGAUAUCCAUCCUUUAAGAAACACAAAUCUAAAUGUUCUGCAGCCUUAUGAAUUAGCACAUUUGAUUGCUUGCGCUCAGCGUGUUGUAGACGACACAUCAGACUGUGCUCUCAAUGUUCCUAGAAGGGAUAUCCAUGAAUAUGUGGAUGUCUGAAUAUCCGGUUACCUGAUGAGUAUAUGGAUGUUUAUUCAGUAUCAGAAUACUGUAGCCAUAAUUCCCUUGAGACAUCUCAUGUCUCCAUGCAGCAAUAUGGCCAUGUGUCUUGGUGAUUUUAGGCUGUUAAGUAUGUUGCCCCAUGAAAGCCACUUUUCAAGACUUAGCCUUUGUCCUAAAUUAAAAUGUGUACACUUAGAUCUGUGCAAUAUAAGAUUUUAGUGGUUGCAAGUGAGUUCUGUACAUACCUUAUAAUGUGAAUAAUAUAUGAACGUCUAGCUUGUAUAAUGUAUGGUUUUAUUUCUGUUUUUAUUAUCAAUUUUAAGAUGUGUUUGUUUUUAAACCCUUUUGGAUUGUUUACAAAGACUACAAUCACAGCUUCAUGUGUUGAUUUUCAUUUAUUUGAUUUGUUUGAGGUUCCUCUCUCUAAGGACAGUGGCCAGCCCAUGCAGCAUGCCAACAUUAACCCUUUGCAUGCUGGGAAAUUUGUCGUCUGCUAAAAUGUUGUCUGCUGAAUUUCUAAAAUUAGCAUUUUCUUCGAUUUUUUUCAAAGAAUACUAUCAGAAUAGCAAACAGUUAGGAUCCUGAAGAGACACCACAUCUGGAUCCAAACUGUUUGCAAUGGCCUUCGAAAUUCGGUUCUAGCACUGAAAGAGUUAAACUGUCUGCACAUUUGGUAUCAAUAUACUUGUAGUUGAAAAAUUGGUUGAAUUGUUGUCUAUUAUCUGAAUCUUGACAGCAGAACAUUUGAACAUUCAGUUAUAUAACAAGAAUUUCAUGUUUAUUAUGUUCAGUGACAAUUUAUCAAUAAUGUCCAAUGGUUGUAUGUUGAAACUUGAACUAUGUGUCAUCAUUCAGUUUAUGUUCAGGUGUCUCACUAGCAUUUUGAAGUCCAAAAGGAAAAAAAGGAGUCCCAUUGAAUAUCGCAUACGUCUUCAAAUUUUCAGCAGAACAUCCAUUUAAAAAAAAAUUAAUAUAAAACAAUACAUAAUAUAAUUGUUAGUUUUAUUAUUGAAAACCCAAAUACAAAAUGUCCAUGAGGAAUCCCUCAUUAUAUUCUUUCUUAUGUUAAUUAAAUUAACAAAAUCAUGUAGAAAAAACAACAACAAAUAAACAACUAUGUGCUUGAAAGUGCUUUAUAUACAGUCAAACCUGAGAACAGCGGUCAGUCAAGGGAAAUGACCAGCAUGAACGUUGUCCAAAGGUGACCGUUGAAUUCAGAUCACAAUUUAUGCAUCUCGUUCAUUCAGUAAAUAAAGCUUCGCGAACUUUUUCCAGAUUCAAACAGUUUCAAACACUUGACUCGCUCCUCUAAUGUGAGGAACUUACGUUUACCACUCAUUGUUAUUCCGUGAUUUAUGAUUCCGAUUGCUUUUUAAAGUGUUGUGUACGCUAGAAAGUUCUUUUAAAGAAUGAUCCGAAAGUGUUAUUUUCAAAUCGAUACUCAAUGUUGUAAGUACAAUGUACUAAUUAGCGGUCAUUAAAUUAGCGAUAAUUACUUUAACCGUGUCACAAACUCUGAUAUAUUUUCUUUUGAAGAUACCCCCACAAAUAUCCCUGGCAAACAAACCGUCUCAACACCUUAUUAUUUGUUUACUCACAGCUGGCCGCUUUUAUAAUAUCAAUGACAAUUACUGCUAUCAGACGCUUUAACCGCAAAAUAGAUGGACAAAUAAUGUACUGUGUUUUUAAUUUUCGCGACUCGAGACGACUGACCGUUGAUUUCAGGUCAAACAUGAAUUUCGGAGUGGAAUAUAGUGGCCGUUGGCCGUUAUGGACAGGUGGCCUUUAAAUUUAAGUGUAAUAUAGAGUGUUUUUCGUAGGGGGGAUUCUAGACUGACCGUUGUCUGCAGGUGACCGGUAAAUUCAGGUGGCCGUUAGGUCAGUUUCGACUGUAUAGAGAAUAACAGGUUACUGCCUGAUCUUUUUGUAAUAUAACGGCAAAGCUUCCCGAGUCGUUAUUUUAUUGUUGCUGAGUUUGAUAUAUUACAAAAAGACCAGGCAGUAACCAGUUUUUCUGUUUAUCUACCUCUACGUCCCCAAUUCUAAAGAAAUAAUGAAAAAAUCACAAAAAAAUGCAGAUUUAGCAGGUAAGAAUAUGACUUAUGUCAUUUGACGUGAUAAUAACAUUAAAUCUGACUCGAUUUUACUUAAAAUGAUUACUUUAUAGUUGAUUCCGAGUAAUAUGACCAUCCUCCUUACAAGACUGAUAUAAGAACUUCCUGUUGACCAUGAUGUAAAAAAAUAUAUCCGGCAACGUUAUAUCAAUCAGAUACCAAUGCGGUGGUAUGAUAAAUUUACAUACACGUCCCACUUGUAUACAUUUACUUUUUUCCCUAUCAUAUUUCCAUUUAAAACAACAUUAAAACCAGUUAGGAAGUAAAAACUGUAAAUUUGAAACACAUCAGCAAGUGCCAAUUUCAUACGGCAUUAAUCAAUCUACAUUACUAGAAGCAUGCACAUACACGUACUGUCAAAUACAGAAUAAAUGGGAUAGUUCCAUAGAGGAUGGGGUUGAUUAGAUUAAUGGGAUUUUAACCCUUUGCAUGCUGGGAAAUUUUUCGUCUGCAAAAAUGUCGUCUGCUGAAUUUCUAAAAUUAGCAUUUUCUUAGAUUUUUUUUCAAAGAAUACUAUCAGAAUAGCAAACAGUUUGCAUCCUGAUGAGACGCCACAUUCUGUGGCGUCUCAUCUGGAUCCAGACUGUUUGCAAAGGCCUUUAAAAUUUGGUUCCCGCACUGAAAGGGUUAAACAGGUGUGAGGAAAUCAAUUGUGUUGUUGGCUUGAAUUUCAAUAGUUGGUUAAUGUAGAGGUAUUGUUUGUUAAGGGAUGGACUUCAAAAACCCACUUAUGCAAAAAGGUGUGUAAUGUGGACUCUCAAUUGGUUUCCAAAAAGUGUCAUUUGUCAAAUUUAUGCGUACAAAUAUGCUUGAUGAAGCGUUUCUUAGAGCCCUGAUGUUGCUGAUACGUUGUGUGCUUUAUUGUCCCCUACCGGUGAAACCGGAGGGGACUUAUGGUUUGAACUCCGUCUAUCUGUCAGUCUGUCACACUUUUCUGGAUCCUGCGAUAACUUUAAAAGUUCUUCAUAUUUUUUUUAAUGAAACUUGAAACAUGGAUAGAUGGCAAUAUGGAGAUAAUGCACAUCAUUUCAUUUUGUUCCUAGGUCAACAAAUCUGGUUGCUAUGGCAACAAAUAGAGAAAAAAAAAUGACAAUAAUGGAGUUUCACCGGUAGGGGACCAUAUUGCUUGGCAAUCUCUUGUUCAUCAUAUUUCUAUGUAAAUUAUUUCCAUUUUAGAAUUAGAAGAUUAAAGGCAUAAUUUUAAUUUUUUUUAGCUCACCUGAGCACAAAAUGCCCAUGGAAAGCUUUGUGAUGACCCUAUUGUCUGUUGUGCGUUGUCCAUCUUUAGCAAUAGGUUUGUGAACACUGUUAAAGCCUCUCACUUGUCCUUUUGACGGCUUUUCAGAGCUAGAAACUGGAUCUCAGGGUACAAACUAGGUUGCAGAAUGUUUAUCCACAUCAACAUGUCCACAAUUGAUUUUAUUGUUUGGACAUACGUAAUUAUCUUUGUUGAAUUUGUUUUUAUUUUCAUUUGGACUACCUUUUUUUCUGAAUUUUCUUAAUAUUGUUUGUUAAAACAUCACAUAUUUGUUAUUAUUAUGCUUACAGAUGUCAAUAAAAAUGUAAAAAAAAGUAUUUAAUAUGCUAUAAAUAAACAAUAUAAACAUUA